AUGGAAAGCGUAGAAGCAACAGUAGGACCGUCGAUAGUUCCAUUUAAUCAUCGAAUAGCAGUUGCAUUCGUCUUGGUCAUGGCUUCAGUUAUUGGUCUGUUUGGCAACUCCCUCGUCAUCAUCUCCGUCAUCGUCACAAAGAAGCUUCGUACGAUCACCAACAUCCUGGUGGUCAAUCUCGCCUUCGCUGAUGUGUUUACGUGCGCCUGUCUACCUUUCCAGGUGGUCGGUCUCCUCAGCCGUACUAGAGCGUAUCCUCUUCCUGAGAUCGUCUGCGAUGUGGUCGCUGGAGUCGUAACCACCUCAGUUUUCGGCAGCGUGUGUAAUCUAGUUGCUAUAGCAUUCGUACGGUGGUACGUCAUCACCAAGUCUAUCCGUGGACAUCAAGGUCUCCAUACCCCAAAGAAAAUUUUCACAUUGGCUUUGAUUAUCUGGGUAUUUUCUACAUCAGCAAUGGUCAUACCACCUGUUCUUGGCAUCGGAACACUCGGCUACUCCGAAUAUUACGCUACAUGCUCCUUGAGAGACACAAACGAACUAGAAUUCUAUUACAUCGUACUUCAAGGCUCUCUGAUAGCAAUUGCUCUCCUUCUCACAUUUCUGUUCUACAUCCGUAUUUUACGCCAUGUUUUACGGCACAAUCAGAAGUUCCGAGUUAGGUAUUCGACUGAGGACGAAGCAGGUUCAAGCCCCACAGAAGUGCCCCAGAACAAGACGUCCUCGUCAACUUCUACAGGUACCUGUCCACCCAUGAUCAAGGCCAUCAAUCAAAAGGAGGUUGAGAUCACCAAGAACCUCUUCUUGGUGGUCUGUGCGUUUAUGCUAUGCAUUCUACCCAACGUCAUAAACUUCCUUAUUCCUGGCACCAGCGUACUAACAUUGUACAGUGUCAUGAUAUUGCUUGUAAACAGCGUUGUUAAUCCUAUCAUCUAUGGUCUGAAACACCCGAACUUUCAAGAAGCCUUCAAGAAAAUACUGACCUGUCGUAAAGAAAUGACGAUGCAAGUGUCAACCUAA